AUGACCAGAGAAAUUGGUUGCCAGACUGAUCCAGUCAUUGCACGGCACGCAAGUGUCCAGGCCAAUGUGAAGCCGAGCAGACGAAGCAAAGCUAUUCAAGCCCGAAGCGCUUACACAAGUGUCAGUAGUGGCACUGAGGACCUGAUGGAUAUCACUCUUCCUGACUGUCCCAGAGCAGCCUCUACACCUUUAAAAAGGAAAAGGUGUGAGGUGCCAGCGUCUGAUCCCAGCUUCCAUAUAGAUGACAGUGCCAGCACUGUGAACUGCUCCAGCCUUCCCGUGCCUACACGGGCCUCUGGUUGGGGAAGGGUCAAGGGUGUGGCUCAGCCCAAGUACAGCAGCGUGUGA